AGCAGUAUUCGCAAGCUCUUGCAGAGCCCAUACUGUGAGAGGUCUCUUACAUUUAACUACAUAGAUCUCUACAACCUUUAAAAAUGGAUAACGGGUGUCAUUGUGCAGCUAACAGCGACAGGCUUUCGAAUCCUAUCCUCUACAACAUCCUGAGCCAAAUGGAUAACAGCAAACCAAGCCAAAACUGCUUCAACUACAAUUCCGUAACUCAUGGAUGCACCUGUGAGCUGCGACGGACAGUAUGCUUGAAAAGGCCAUCUGAGAUCUGCAAAGAAGCGUCAGCAGUUCUGGUUAAAACUGUCCAUUUCAUGAAGAACUUACCUGCGUUUAACCAGAUGCCACCAAAUGACCAGUUCGCACUUCUCAAAAGCUGCUGGGCACCGCUCUUCAUCUUGGGUCUGGCCCAGGAGCAUGUGGACUUUGAGGUGAUGGACACACCUGCGGACAGCAUGCUGAAAAAGAUUCUCCUAAAUCGUCAGCAGAGCCCUGAGAUGGAGAGGGAGCAGCCCACCAUGGCCGGUGCCAGCAAACUCAAGUCCUGCCUCAAAAAGUUUUGGAGUUUGGAUUUGAGUCCAAAGGAAUAUGCAUAUCUCAAAGGGACCACACUAUUUAAUCCAGAUGUCCCAGAUUUAAAGGCAGCUCUGUUUGUUGAAGGCUUGCAACAGGAGGCUCAGCAUGCCCUCAGCGAGGUGGUCCAGCUCCUUCACCCAGGGCACCAGGAGCGCUUUGCUCGAAUCCUCCUCACAGCCUCCAUGCUGCAGAGCAUCACACCUAGCCUCAUCACUGAACUCUUCUUCCGGCCCGUGAUAGGCCAGGCAGAUCUGCUGGAGCUGUUGGUUGACAUGCUCUUCUGCAGAUAGUACAGGCUAGGAGGACUUCAUGUAACUGUCCUGGAGAAAGUUGAAUCCAAUGUUUUCAAUGGUGGUGAUGCAGACCUUUUUGUUGGCCAACCCAAGCAAUGUGUCCUCAUGAGAUGAGGGAAUUCCUGACAGCGGACUGCUCUUGCGAUAGCCGACAAAAAAAAUGUG